GUCUGUCCCUCGACGUGGCACCAUUGCUGAUGUGUUGGCCGUUUAGCGCGACCCGGUCCGACAGCCUCCUGCAUGGGUGGACGGGAAGCAGGAAACAUAAAAGGAACUGUUUGGUUGGACUGAGGCAGCAGCGAUCAGGUAUAACAACAACAUUCCUGUGCCUCCAGCCUUUCCCCAGCAGCCCCACCGCAACUCUAUCCCAGCCAUCUACCUAGGUCGGGUACCUACCUAGCACACUAGAGUUUGGUUUGCACGAAAUGGGGAAUGGGCAGUCGUUGUCCACUGUGGUUUUCCCCUGUCGCUUGCUCCAAGAACGCACCGGACCCUACGAACACCAUGGAAGAGCCUGAUAAACAGCUGGAAGAGCUUUUGGCGUCGUGGCAGACGUGCAAAAGCCAGGACGAGCAGAAAAAUGCUGUGAUCCAGGCCCUGUUCACUCGUGUGGGUGACCUCAAGGACAAUUUAAAGCAAAUGGAGCGCAGCCUGAAGGAGGAACGGAUGCUCAAAGACCUCUACCGCAAGAAUUUGGAGGACGCAACGAGCUCCAACAAGUCUCUGGUUCAAGCAAAGGAGCGGUGCUCCUUUGCUUUGGUUCUCGUGGAUGGCGACUGCAUGCUAUUCCAGGAUGAGUUCAUCAAGGGUGGGUUCGACGGUGGCCGCCGGGCCGCGCAGAGCCUCAAGCAAGGUGUCAAGUCGCAGCUGGACGCACUGGCCGAUGAAGGCAAGGAUCCACGCCUCCAGGUCGUCGUGCGUGUGUAUGCCAACCUCAAAGGCCUCGCCAAGGUCUACAAGGACACGUGCACUAUCUUCCCAGAUGUCCCCUCGGCUUCCGUCGACGAGUUCGUCCGUGGGUUCAACAUGCUGGAUCCGCUGUGCGACUUUAUCGACGCCGGCAACGGCAAAGAAUGCGCCGACGAAAAGAUCAAAGCUUUGUUCCGCCUCGGCCUCGACGACGUUCACUGCCGCCAGAUAUUGUUCGGUGCGUCCGCCGACAACGGCUACGCGCGUCUCUUGGGGCAGCACGUCGGCGACGAUGCGGUUUGUGGGCGCAUCACGCUACUUCAGGGCCCGCCGUUCGCGCACGAGUUGGCGUUGAUCAAGAACCGUUUCCGCGUGGCAACCAUGGAUGGCGUGUUUCGGAGGGAGAAGCUGUCCCUGCACCUCACGCCGCCGGCCACGCCCUCGUCCGACUACGUGUGUAACGCUGCUCCCGCCUCAGCCAAACCAGCCUCCUCCGACGUGGCGGCGCGGGAGAAAUCACCGCCGCAAGCCACCGCCGCUGCCCCGCCGUCCGGGGACACGAACCAAACUCCGACCUCCUCCAACGGGGAUGGCAGCGCCGCCCCGCUCGGCAAAGUGCGGAAGAACCGGCACGGGCAGCGUGUGGACCUGCCGAUCGAGUGCUCGGCCAAGGACCUGAACCGGAUGAAGAACCGUCAGCUCUGCCACAGCUUCCACCUGCUGGGGGAGUGUUCCUGGAUGGAAAAGUUCGGAGACUGCAAAAACAAGCACGGGGAGCGGGUCUACGGGCCCUGGGUACACACGUUGCAGGCUGUGGCCCGGCUCUCGUGCUGCAAUCGGGGCUUGAACUGCGCCGACCCCAAGUGUCUGGCCGGCCACAGCUGCCCCACGCCUGAGUGUCCCGGGCCCGCGAAAGGUUGCCGCUUCUCGCGGGCGAUGCACAAUGUGGAUGCCACGCCGCUGUAAAGCGGUUGUGGUGGGAAACUCUGGAUUGGUUGGUUGGUUUGGCGUCGUGCCCUUCGCACUCCGGUGUGAUGGCGGCGUAAAGGUUGGACAUAACAUCUGCUGGUAGCGCCGCGACUUGUAAUCCUCGGUGCCGCCUUGGCCACCUGGAAUGGACUGCGGUUGUGGCCUCGGUUUAAGGCGGGUGGUUAAUAGCCAGUAUGAACGGGUAAAUAGGUAUACAAUUGCCCAUUUCCUUCCGGCGAUGUCGGGUCUGGCAUCGCGAGGACUACGUGAUGCAUGGGAUCAAUACUUAGACAACCGACGGGCCCAUCGUAUCCUCCCAGUAUACUACUGCCGACAAGAGACAUGCCAAAGACAGCGGCCGGGAUUCGCGUACACAUGAUUGAAGCAGCCGUUUUAUUUUCCCAA